CAUACGUACAGUAUCUUUUGCUUAUAGUAUACACUGAAAGCGAGUUCGAAGUACGUAUUUGGAUAAAAGUCUUAAUUAUUAUUUAAUUAAAUUUAAAAAACAAUGAAACCUCUAAAGGAAUGGUCUGUAAAAGCGCCUUGGGGCAAUAUUGCAUUAAUGUCCUGGGGAAAUCCCAAAGGAAAACCAGUGUUGUUAAUCCACGGACGACAGGAUAGUCUCUCAACAUUUAUACCAUUGUUGAAUAAACUACCAGAGAAGUGUCACUACGUAGCUUUUGAUUUACCUGGACAUGGAAAGUCAGAUCCGUUUCCUAUUGGUAUAAAAUUAAUGCGAUUACAUUUUGUUUCGGCUAUGGAUUUUGUAGUCCAACAUUUAGGAUGGAAACAAUUUGUUGUUAUAACUCAUUCCAUGGGAGGCGAGUUGGCCAUGUUCUACAAUGUAGUGCGACCCAAUAAAAUAACCAAAUGCAUUCAUUUAGACAUAGGAAUGGCAUUGAGAAGUAUCACUAUGGAUAUAACCCCGGAGACUUACAAAGUAUUCUAUGGAGACUAUUAUGAUAAUUACCAUAAAGAAAACUACGAUGAUAGGUAAUUUAAAUUUUGUCAAGCAAUAAUGUGAGCAUUACGGCGUUCCGAUUUAGAAGGGUAUGGGUGCUGGUGAAAUUGCAAGCACAUGGGACGUCUCAACUUAUGCCUCAGGGUGACGGGCGCAUUGGCAGCGCUCUUCAGCGAUUUAAAGCUCUGAGUAGCAGUGCAACUGCCAUGGAUAAGCUAUUCGUUUA